AUGUUGUACGCUGUGAGACAGGGUCCGGAGCCGGCACUGAACUCUAGCCCGGGUGGUGCAGCCAAGCCGCCGCCACUCAACGCAUUCGAGCUGGACCGCUGCUUAGACAGGGAGGAGACCGGCAGAUGGGGGGCGGACGCGCGGCGUCGCCGGCGCAGCUCGCCGCCGCGACGCUCCCCGCCGCCCAGCAAUGAGCCGCUCUCACUCGCACGCGCAUCAGCCCCGACUUCGCCAACUGGAGGUUCGGCCCAAUCCAGUCCAGCGCCAGUAUCUCCAGCUGGAAGCAGCAGUGCUCCACCACGAUCGCCCCUCCCACUUGUUGCACCUGAUCUUCUCGCAAUGCAACUAUUGGACCAACACUCCCAGUUGCAGGCGUUAAUGAAGCAACGUCUGUUUCAUCAGCAUCAUAUGCAGAAGCAGCAUAUGUCGUCGGAAGCUGCGAAACGGCAGCUGGAACAAUCACGACUGCAAGAUCAGAUCAAUUUGAAUUUGCUCUCACAGUCCCAUCUGCAGCCACCCGACAGUUCUCCUGGCUCUCUACAACAACAAAUAGGUGCCCAACAACAGCAACUAGUUCAACAAUUGCAGGCGGUGCAGAGACAAUACCUCAUGCAUGCACCUCUGACGGUCCCACCUAAUGCUCCUCCAGGUUUAAUGCUCUGGGGUAGUGAAAUAGAAGAGCACCCAUUGUUCGGGCGCGGCGUCUGCAAAUGGCCCGGAUGUGAUGCUCUGGCUGAAGAUUUCCAAGCUUUCCUUAAGCACCUGGAAGGCGCGCACACGCUGGACGACCGGUCCGCGGCGCAGGCGCGCGUGCAGAUGCAGGUGGUGGCGCAGCUGGAGCUGCAGCUGCGGCGCGAGCGCGACCGCCUCGCCGCCAUGAUGCGCCACCUGCACGCCGCGCGGGACGCGCACCACGCCAAGCUGCCGCACGGCCCAGCAAGUGAAGGUGCAUCCCCCGGUCCGGUGAGACGCCGUGUAUCGGACAAAUCCGGUGUUGCCAUCGCUGGAGAGAUCCAACGCAAUCGCGAAUUCUAUAAGACCGCUGAUGUCCGGCCACCGUUUACAUACGCUUCACUCAUCCGACAGGCUAUAAUAGAAUCGCCGGACAAGCAGCUUACAUUGAACGAGAUCUACAACUGGUUCCAGUCAACUUUCUGCUACUUUAGGCGCAACGCAGCUACUUGGAAGAACGCGGUGCGCCACAACCUGUCGCUGCACAAGUGCUUCAUGCGCGUGGAGAACGUGAAGGGCGCGGUGUGGACGGUGGACGAGGUGGAGUUCUACAAGCGCCGGCCGCAGCGCGCCGCGCACGCGCCGCACGGGUUUUUGGGAGCUCAAAGUCCGCCCAUGAUGACGAGUCCUCACAGUUACAAUGAAGCGUUAAAAAGGAAUAUUCAGGGUAUGAUGGAAGAUUGCAACCUGUCGUAUAUGUCCAGUGAUGAUCAUAUGAUGCAAAGUGAGGAAUAUCCAUCUUCACACGAAGACUACAGUCGGCCACCGAUAAUGAACGGUUAUGGAACCAGCAGUUCGUCUCACGACGUUAAGGCUGAAGAUCUGAGCGCUAACGACGCACAGGAUAUCAAGCCCAACUUAUAUAAUCUGAAGAAUGAGAUGCAAGCUUCAGAUUACUCUAAUAAAGAUUACCAAAACAAUAAGGAAUCGUCUAGCAACCGCUCCAGUGAAACGAGUCCAUAUGAUGACUAUCGUUCAGAGGAUCGAUACCGUGCCUCUAUGUCUCAUAUCAAGGACGAAGCUGAGAAUCUAUCCCUCAACGAACAGAGAUCUGAGAAAUAA